GCUAAUGGCAACACUUGAAACUCAAUAUGGCAGAAAAGUCAAAAGAUGGUUAAUAAAUAUAUUUAUUUAGUAAGUUUACGAUAUUAAAAAAUAUAGUGACGUGGUGUAACGGAAUUAAUAAGUAUUUGCUUAUAUCAUUGUCCACGUGUUUUGUUUUACUGGAAAGCUUGAAAGGAACUUUACCACAGAUCUCAAAGGUAAUUAACCUUCACAUUCUUCCUUUUCGAAAGCAGCGGUAUUUGGCAAAUCCCAGAUGUUUCGAGUGUUAAUUGUAAACAAUCGGAACGAUAGAUAAAUAGGAACGUUUAAACGGAAUUGAAGAUGAAUACCGAAAGGCUAUAAUCAGUUUAGUUAAUGAUACGAAUGGCCACUACGAAAACCGCAACGCACGCGAAACUAAAGAAAAUUACGUUGUGAUCGGAAACUGUGCGAUGGCCAGUGUCGAUCAAUUACCAAAAGAGAGCCGAUCGUCGUGCGGUGGAGGCGAGGGCUCGGAGGGCUCGGACGGGCGCGUGUCCUGGCGCGUGACACUCGACCACGACCUGGUGGAGACCCUGAGCGCGAUAUAUCCCGAGUGGUUCAAACCACAGCAGCGUCGCGACCGCAGCCGCGCAGCCUCGCCGGUCUCGCCGCCUCACACCCCGCCCACGCCGCCCUCAGACGACACGUUCAGCUCUGGUGCGGAGGAGAUGGCUGGACGGCAGGCGAGCAGCAGCGGCGCCAGCGAGCCGUCCAGCUCGCCGCGCGUGUCGCCGCCUAAAGUCAUCGUCGACGACAGCCCGCUCCAGCCUGCCAUGGGGAAGCAUAAAGAAUCGUUGAAAGUGAAGCUGAUGAUGCGCCGGCCCAUCAACCAGCUCGUAGCGCAAGGAAUAAUGCCCCCAUUAAAAACACCGCCGGCGUAUUUUGAACAAUGCAAGCAACUAGAGAGAGCCAAAACAGGCGAUUUGCUGAAAGCAAAAAUCCAACGGCGACCAGAUCGUCAAGAAUUAGAAAGGAGACAUAUUUUGGAACAAGAAAGCCAUGUGGAUCCGAGUUUGGCUGAAAAACAAAGGAUGCUGAAAAAAGCACGAUUAGCGGAUCAACUCAAUGACCAGCUUUCACACAGACCUGGUCCUUUGGAGCUCAUCAAGAAGAACAUACUUCACACUGAGGAGAAUAUAGAAACUGCAGUAAAAAGUGGAAUACUCGCAUUUAAAGCGACCAGCGAGGGCGCUUCCGGCCGACCCCAACAUCCUUCCUCGUACUGUGGACCACCCGAUGAAGUAUCACCUUCACCGUCACCUCCUUCCACGCUCUCACCCAUAAGCGUGACCUCGCCUCCGCAGCACCCUGCUCCUGGCAAGGAAAAAAAUCGAAAGAAAAAUAAACAAAAACAACAACCAAAGGCUCGAUUUAAAUUUCAUGAAUAUAAAGGGCCUCCGAACGCACAAAAAGCGUCUUCACCGCCCGGAACGGUCGAGACCCCAUAUGAACUUUUAUUGCAACAGCAACAGCUUCUCUUACAGCUAAUGUUGCCCGCGUCUCCAGCGCCGUCAACCGCGUCCGUGACGUCAGACUGCUCCGACGUGCUGCCCGCGCCUCCCCCGCCCCCGCUGCCGCCGGCGCCCCCCUCCGCGCUCUCGUCACUGUCGCCCUCCCUACCCGUCGCCUCGCGAUUUGAAGAUAUGAAAGUGUCGGAUCUCCGGGCCGAAUGUAAACGACGGAACCUACGAGUGUCCGGCCCAAAGCCACAGCUAAUAGAUCGAUUGAGGCCCUUCCUCGUCGAGAAACAGGAAGAGGCUCCGAAGUCACCGGUGUCCGUCGCAUCGGUGCCUUCUGUAGCUUCAAUGGUUUCCAUUGCGUCUCCGGACCCUCGAAUCAAGAUCGAACCCCAAGAAGAUAUCGUUCAGUCGCAACGCCGUCAAAUCGAGGAGCUCGAACGUAAACUAGAGGUGUCGCGCCAACAGCUGGAAGCGGUGCGACGCGAGGCAGCCGGUGCCGCCGCCAGUGAUCAGGGUCGACGUCUACUGCAGGCGCAUCUUUGUGUAACGCAGCUCCGUGCCAAACUGGAUGCCCUGCAACAAUCCCCGCCACCACCACCCCAGCCUCAAUACGUACGGCUCUUCACAAUGACUCCACCCGCUCCGAAUCUCGACACAACUGUCGAUUCUACACUUCAAAAACCUGCAAAUCCUGCAUACAUACUGAACGGCGUAAAGGUGGUACCCAUAGCGAUACUUCCGACGACGCACUAUGAACCGGAGCGACUGGCACCUCCUCCUCCUCCGCCACCACCUCCUCCUCCGCCACCACCUCCCCCGCCGCCCCCGCCGCCGCACGUGUCCUCCCCGCACGAUCAUAACGAGGAAAGUCAGAUUAUGGAUGACGUGCUUGAAAUUUUAGUAGAGAACGGUGAAUUACCACCUUCGGCCGUAGGUGACGCGGGGGUCGUCGCUCCAGUCGUGGAUGUGGGAUAUACGACAUCUAAUGAUUCGUUUUCACCUCACGAGGUACUAACUGAUGACCUUCUUGGCGACACGCACGUGCGUGAUUCACUCGCCGCGGACGAGCUGCAAAGAGAACUCGACGACAUUCAAAAUGAAAUAAUGAAUCACGUCGAUCUUCAUCCCGUACAGUCUGACGAAAGAUGUAACGGAGAGCGGCGGGCCCCGGACAUCGAUGCGGAUCUCGGCGUCGACAUCUUGAACACUGGAGACUUCCAUCCGGAUUUCGUUUCCGAUCCGAACGGCGCCGACGACGACUUCUUCGAAAGUCUUCUUUCCGGUGCGACAGACGACGGCUCUCACGUUCCGAUGGACGUCGGAGAAGACCAAUCUGAGAGAACGGUCGAGACUCCCCUGGCCAGCGUCGACAUCCUCGAUCAUGUCCGGACCGGCUUCGAUUACAUGGAUGACUUGUCGCUGCCGUCGUUUCCUCACGACGAGCACCACCACCACGACAGCUUCGAGAGGCGACCGUGCGAGCUAGAUCUCAAGGAGUGCGGCAUCGACAUCGGGCCGAGCGCCGCGAUGGACAGCGAGGGCUACGACUACAUGGACACGGAGAUGAUCCCCAACAUGUUCGGUCGCGGGCACGUGCCGCAGUGCGACCCGCUGCUGGGCGGCGUGCUGUCCCGCCCGGCGCCGCGCCCCGCCCACAAGCACUACUCGUGGGAGCGCAUCGAGUACGACGCCACCUGACCCCCCGCCCCCCACCCGCGGCUCCGCGCCGUCCGUCACUCGAUCAGCGGGGGGACCCGAACGUAGACGUUGUUCUGUGCGCGCGACACAAAGUGUUCGCGGUCAACGAGACUCUGAAUAAAGUUAUUGGUGUUUGUACUUAACGUCGGCACGAACGCUCUCGUGUCGCUAGAUAGUAGUUGAAAUGUUUCAUUCGUGUCACUUGACGCGCGCCGACCGGGAUCGUCGCGCAUACUUGGCUCAUCUGUAUGUUAUAAGUUCAUUUUAUUUUAUAUUUAUAGCAUAUUUACUUGUGUAUAUAUUGAAAUUAAUAAUACUCAACAUAGUUGUGGAAAUCUGCAUUCCGCCCGAUGACUAUAAAACUUAGGGGAAAAUCGUCAUAGGAAAUCUUUAUAGGCACACUAACGUUUCGACCUGUCGUAUCUUGAAUUGACUUGCGCAGAGCUUAUAAGAUUUCUCAUGUUUAGUUUGGUGUUGUGUCUAUUUAUUGAAAUCAAAUAAAACGCUAUCUUGAAUACUUAGAUAGCUAUUUCCCAGUAAAUAAGUGACAUUCCAGUCUUGUUGAAAGUGCUAAUAAGCACAGUCGCCUUACAGUGCUUCAAUAAAUUUUGUUCAUCACUAAAAAAAAAUGCGUUUAACUGAAAAAAAAAAGUGAACAAAGAGCACAUUGACAAGCCAUCGUCAUGGGUGGGACCAGCUUGGGAACAAUGUUAGUUAUGAAUUCAUUAGUUUAUUCAGGGGGGCAACUCCCAACACUCCAACAGUUGAGCAAACAUUGGUUCACUAUCACUUGUCUGACACUCCGCUCAUACCUAAGUUCUUGUUAAAUUAUACUAUUAUAUUUCUUUAUGUAAGUGUAGCAUAAAAGCUUAUACGAAACUUGGUUUUCGUUAAUUUGAGUUUCCCUAAUUCUUAUAGAUUUAUAUCAACAUAACAUUCUUGAAAAUGUAUCAUUCCAAUUUGUCUAAAACGUAGGCUAGGUGCGUCGUAAUAAGUUGCUGUUUUAUACCUUGUAUUUAUCCAGUAGUUGUGCAGUGAACUUAAAUCAAACAAGGAACUGUGUAUUCGGAAUGUUUGCGCAAUUGUUGGAGUGGACUAUUUAUUAUUUAUCAUUUACAACUCGAUUGUACUGUCUUAAGAAUUUGUUCAUAACUAGAAGAAUGUGUGAGUGUUUUCACUAAUGUGUUUUGUAUCUGCAUCCAUUGGUUUUAUCUUGCGUUAACUACUGCUUUGUCGGCGUGAGAUCAGUAAUGCUAAGGAAUAUUGCCAUUUUUGCAUUUAUGUUAUUUGAUUUUUGAAUACUUGUUGCUACAACGAAAAAUGGACACAGAUUACUCCUGCAUCAUUUGUGUCAAUUAAAUCUGUGGCGGAAUAAGUGUAAAAAUAUAUUUAGAGAAUACCGCAUUCAUAAGCUCUAUGUAAAUUAUUUUUUUAUACAAUAAUUAACCUAAUUUUAUGAAUACUAUAUAAUUGUUAAUGUUGUGGCUACAUUAGUGAGUCUCAUUGAAAGCUUGCAUUGUUACGUUUUGUUGGUCAGGUCGCAAUCUGUUCGGUCGAUUAAGAAUAGUCUGUCGCGAUUCCAAAAAUUAUGUUUCGGUAAACUUUGAAACUGCAGUUUCUACAUAAACUCGUAUAUUGUUAUAAAAAGCACGAGUCAUUCACUAUUGUGAAUUUAGCAAACAGCUAAUUACUUUCAGCGACUUGCUCCCAUAAAUAUUCGCACGUAAAGCAAUGCAAAGUUAGAUAAUUUAGUGAGAAGUCAGUUAGGUGGUGGUAGGACUUGUGAGUCCGCGCGGGUAGGUACCACCGCCCUGCCUAUUUCUGCCGUGAAGCAGUAAUGCGUUUCGGUCUGAAGGGUAGGGCAGUCGUUGUAACUAUACUGAGAUCUUAGAACUUAUAUUUACGUUCUAGAUGUCUAUGGGCUCCAGUAACCACUUAACACCAGGUGGGCAGUGAGCUCGUCCAUCCAUCUAAACAAUAAAAAAAAAGUUAAGCCCUGAACUUUACUGUAGAUCGAACGCGCGUAAUUUUAUAUCGCAGUGUCUCGAUGCGAACUUUGAGCUAAAAUGUAGCCGCACCAAACUUAACAUAAAAAUGACUCCGCAUAGGAACAUGAAAAAUAAGAAAUUUAAGAACUUGUAUGUUGAACAUAUGUGUCACUGUUAGUUGAUCAACUGCAAUUAAACUUGUAUAUUAUAUUUAUAUGGCUUGUUAUCAGAUCUAUCUGCUUACUUGCUAGGGAUGCUACUGCAUGCUUUCGUGAUGGAAACAAUAUGAAUUGCGUUUGCAUAUAAAUUGGUGCUAUAAAGAUUUAAUAUCGAAUUAAUAUUAAUAAAAUUAUAGAAAGCAUCCGGGUGGAGCAUGUGUUGCGCUGUAUCUAUAGUCUGAAGCCGAGUCAAGUCAUCACAUCAUUUUAUAAUUUUAAUGCAUUGAAACUAACACGUCUGAUCGUCAAAAGAUCGUUUUAUUUUAAGUUGUAUUCCAUUAUCUAAGUAAAUAUUAAAACAAAAUGAUACCAAGACUAUAUAACGAAAAUCUAUUUGCUCAUUAUCUAAAUUAUAAUAUCCAUAAAAUUAGCCAAUAAUUCUAAUGUUCUAUUUAUUUAUUAGCUUACAACAUGAAUAUGUUCCAUAAUAAUAAUUUUACUAUGAUCUUUAGGUCGAGAAUACCGUGUUUGUUAUAUUAUUUAUUUGAUAAUAACUGCUUAUGUAAGGCAUCAUAAAUGAUGUAUUUUCCCUACAUUAUCUGCUAAGUGAGAUGUUUGAUAAGUAUACUUUAUAUUAAUUAUUUAACUCGUGAUUAUGUUAGGAGAGUUUAAUAUCUGUUUUAUAAUUAUAAGUUCGAAGUGAUAACAUACUAAUUGUUUAUUUAUUAUUAUUCAUUGCAUUGCUCUCUGAAAUGUAACCAAUUUACGUAAAGAAACAAAUUGGCUUCAUUGUAACGCUUUCAACCCCAUAAAUGUGUUUGUACAAUUUCUUCAUUAUAUUAGUGCUUAGAAUUAAAAAUGGGCUUUGAGCCUUAAUAAUUACGAUACAGAGCUAGUAUUCAAAAAUAAUUUAUGUAUAAAAAUAAUAAUGAUGUGAUAAGAUGACAGGAGUCGGAUCUGUAGUGUAACUGGAUAGUUUUUUUACCUUGCCCCUGUAAUCAAACCUUGUAUAUAAAUACUAAGCCUUUUCUAGUUUAAGGAAAGAACGUUAAAUAAAAAGUUUUGACAAA